AUGAGCUAUCGAGACAAUGACGUUUAUGUCGACGUGGUAGGCGCCCUCGACAGCAUACGAGAAAGCGUCGACGCGUAUCUCGGUGUGAUGCAGGAAGAAGACGCGCAGGCAGCCAAAGACGGCACCACAAACAGCAGCGGCAACAGCGAACACUCGCUUGUCACGUCGAUCAUGGCAAACUCCACGUGCAGACUCUAUAUCAAAAAGAAUGGGCCCCUCGUAAUGCGACUAGGCGAGACCGUGCAGUCAGCGCUGCGGGACGUGGUCGAGAAGCGGCAGCAACGGCUUUCUGACGCAAGCGCACCACCACAGCAGAGCACGUCGUCGGGUCCGACAACGGAGGCGGUCCGCGGCGAGACCGUACGCGCACUCGUCACGCGUAAGCUCGGGGAAUUGAUGGAGAACGCACACACGAUGCGCCGCGUAGUAAAGCAGCAACAGCAACAGCAGCAGGACCGCUCCCAUCGCUUUGGUCAGCCGCUGCGUGCCGCUGUCGACGGCGGUGCCACCGGCAACGAUCUGCGCAUGAAGCAGCUCCUGCGGGUGAUUUCACACGAUUUAGAAGACACUAAGCGGUUGCUGGGCAUUGCGUAUCCUGACAAAGCCUCUCCUCUCUCCCCCUCCUCUUCCCCUGCUCCAGAUGGACGCAGCAGCCCUCCUCCUACCUCUCCGAGAAGCAACUACACGCCCGAGCGCGCCGGCCUGCAGGCGUCCGGUGCGUACUCGGCGUCCAGCACGCCUCGUGACUCCGCCAGUACCGCGCCAUACGUGCGCCACAGCGUGUCACAGGACAUGUCCGGACUGCCACGACAGUCAUCGUUCGGGGGGCCGAGCUCCGCCUCGUACGACACCGGCGACGUAACGCACGCCUCUGCGCUCACGGGGGUGACGGAGGACUCCGUCCUGCACAGCGGAGACGCUUCGCGGUCGUCGUCUUCCUCAGAAGCGUCCACCGCGGAGCAGAACGCAGAGCCGUCUGUGCGCUCUCCGUCAGACCACGCAGAGGAAGACGAUAGCAGCGGUGUCCACGAGCGCCGUGCAAACCUCCAGUUAAAGGAUACGUUGGCGCGCGACAGCCGCCCCCGCGCGAGUGGUCUCACGUCGAACCCGGUCCAUGUUCGCCCCAACUCCGGCAACAGUAACAACCACACUUCCGUGAACAACGCGGUGGUGAAUGCUGAGCGUCCUUGCAGCAGCGCUACGAGCGGCGUCAUGCCACUUACGUUCUUUCGCCGUGGACGCCCUUCUCACCCUGCGGACGCUAGAGGUAUUGGAAAGGAGACGGAAGACGCGAUAGACGAUAAGAAGAGAAUGGGCACCGGUGCGGCAGGGGAGUUGGAAGAGUCGGCUGCCUCCUCAGCCACCUUCAUGGACGAAGCCGCGGAAACGAAAACGUACGACGAAGCCCUGCAGAUCAUCGCCACCGCUGAAGUUCCGCGUGGCAUUCUCAAGCCGUCCUCCCCGCGUCCCAGCAGUUUCUUGGCCAUGACGGAGAGCAGCAGCACUAGCAACGUCGACAGCGCCUCGCAGUCCAGCGGGGGCUCGUCGCCCGGCUCUGGCCGACGCGCCGUGCAGUUUGCACAUGACGUGUUGGAGCACACCAGUCCGUGGAAGGAGAGCAGAGGUGACUACAGUAACAGCAACGGCGAAGACGACAGUGGAUGUGGAGGAGGGAUGAGCAGCGCGCCGCCAGCGGCACAGCCUCAGCAAGCCGCGAACGACACCAGCAUCAACAGCAUCGGCAGCAUCGGCAGCAUCGGCAGCAUCGGCAGCAUCGGCAACGGCAGGCCACGUGGGCUUCCCGCCGGCCUUCCUCCGCGCUCGCCGCGGCCGUCAGAUGCGCUGUCGAGCCCGCUGAGUUUCCCUGGUGGACAGCGGCCACCGCUGGCCCCGACGCCCGCCACCUCUCUCACCUCCUACCCGUUACCGGUGCGUAAUGUGUGGGUGACGACGACGCACUCGCAGCGCCUUCCUGGUGAGUUGUGGGGCGACAUCCUGGGCGCGAACGAGAAGGUCGUGGAGGACGUGCUGCGCGAGGACGUGAUUGACCUCUUCAACUACGGUGAAGAGGAGCCGAUUCUGCGUCUGGAUGACGUGAUGGAUGUUCACUUCAGCUUUGUGGACGGGCACCUGCACGUUCGCUUCGAACUCGAGCACCAGCGCUCACUGACUGAGUCCGAAAUCAACCUGCGGCUCGGUCUCUGCUCCUACCCCUUCAUGACAGGGCUUUACGAGGAGUACUUCCAGGAGUUCCAAGCGCAGGAGUUCGACGCCAUCGAUGAAAGCUCCCCCUCACUGAGCAACCUGACGACGCCCAUCAAAGGUAGCACGCGGCUCAGCUCCAGUGCCAGCCCGCCGUCCCACCGCGAAGGCAAGGGCGUCAGCAGUGACGAGACCCGGCUCGCCACAACCUUCUCCCUCUCCCUCCCGACCCAGCGGCCACUAAGCCCCUCCGCACGCGAUGACCACGUCCCCCUGCUCUCCCCGCUGUCCAUCGCCACGGAUGACGACGACUCCCUGACCGCCUCGGUGGUGGGCGGGUCCGCCGCGUCGUUUCCAUUUUCCCCACAGAAAGGCAGCGGCGGCGGUGGUGGUGGUGGUGGUGCUGGUGGGGAAAGCGCACCGUCGCCAUCGCCGAAACAUGCAGCGCCACCGGCAACAGCGGCAGCGGAUCCAACCGCCAACGGCGCACCUCCCUCUACCAAUGCCGCGACCUCCACCACGUCCAAGCCCUCUCCGCCGGUUGCGGAUGUGCCGUCUGGUAAAGACAACAAUAACGCCGCCCCACUGUCAACGAGCGUCCCCUCCCCUCUCGCCACAGUUCCACGCAGCGACACGCGCCGCAGCAAAGACGGCGGCCUCAGCACGGCCGCGACGAGCAGCGCACCGUCGUUCGCCGUCGUUGCCCGACAGCGCGACGCGUCGGCGCAGUCGCCGCACACGUCGACCUCUUCCACCGCCUCGACCCCGACCUCUGCCACGAAAGCCCGCUCACACGUGCACACGAUUUGCAUUGCCGGACAGCACUGGGAGGCGGUGACCAGCUGCGUGACGGAGGGCGACCUCGCCGACGCCUUCGUCGCCGACGUCGCGGCAGCCCUCGGUGUACUGCCGUCGGAGGCCCGCGCCGCCUGUCAGCACAUUCGCUUCUACCAGGGCAACCGCCUGGAGGUGAAGUUCCGCUGGAGCGAUGCGGAGUUGAGUGCGGGUGCAGCGCCGCGGACGACGACGGCGGCGGUAGUGGACGCGAAGCUGGCCGAGUGCGCGUUUGCGACGCUGCGGCAGCUGUACGCGAAUGCGCGCACGGAGCUCCGAGGCGGCGACGACGACGCUGCCGAGGCGAAGAAAGGAAAGAAAGCUGUCAGCGACCUGGAAGAGGGGCACGACGCACCGAGACUUGAAGGUAAGAAGGGGAAGGGCAGCACAGGGGCGCCGAGUCGAAGCUCGCCUUCACCCCCCAACUCCCACGCCACCGCAGCACACGGAAAGAAAGCGAUGUCCAGCCCCAAGCGCAACAACGCUGCUACAACCUCCGAUAGGGAAAGUGCUGCGAGUGUGCAAGAAGCCUCCGCGCCUCAGGCAGAGACGACGCCCCCCGCUGGCCUGCGCAGACACAACUCCAACACCUCCGCAGAGGCCGAGCCGCGUGCGACAACGCCGCUGCCGACGAAGCCGGCGGUGGCGCCGUCUCACUCGAAGAGCUCCCAACCGCACUCGAGCUCGUCGCCGCGAGAAAAGGCCCAGAGUCGCAGCAAGGACAGCGCGCCGCCUCAUUCGCGCUCACCGCUGCGGCGUCGGGGGUCCGCAAAAGACCUCCCGGCAGUUCCCGCACCCGCGAACACAUCAGACAGCAACGCCGCCACUACGACGUUGAGCCGUCUCGCUCGGCAGCACAACGUGCCGCUGAAGACGCUGCUGCCAUGGAAUCCAGCACUGGCGGAGAUCGACCCCAACAAGGAAAUUCCUACCCCUCACCCUCUUGUGGUGACUCCCCUCACCACAACUCAGGCCACAGAAGCACCGAUGACAUCCGAGAAGGCGCCACCCAAACCGGAAACCCGAACGUCAUCAGACACGCAACCCUCACCAGAGGAGGCAGCAGCAGCAGCAGCAGCAGCGGCAUCGACGAGUGCGGAGCCGUCCGUGACUCAGCACCACAUGAGUGCACGGCAGCUCCACGAAGGCGGCGCGGUCGCUUCGCUACGCCAUCGCCCACGUUUGACGCCGAAAGAAAACAAGACGGAACAGGCCGCCACAGCGCCGCCGCCCUCCUCGUCUUCUUCUUCCCUGUCUCCUUCUGCCACCGCAGCGCCACAACGCCCAUCGCCGAUCGCGGGGACGCAGCCUUCGACGACCCAUCCUAUCGACCCGUCCACCGCCGCCGCGGAGAAGUCGGAGGCGCCGCCGAAGCGGACGACGUCGUCCUCCACCGGUAGCUCGAAGCUGCCGCCGCCGCUUUCAGUGGCGGAUGUUGAGGCACGCCCCACGCCGCGGCACACGUCCGUCAAGCCGGCUCUCAACCCGAAGCUUCCUGACACGCAACCGACACGUGCAGCAACGACAACGGCGUCAGCAGUGCCCGUACCAGCAGUGGUGUCUGCCACGGCGAACUUAUCAGACAGCAAAGACGCAGAACCAUCAUCGAGGGUGGAAGUGCCUCCUGUGGUGGGUGAAAAGCAAAGCAGCGGCACCGGCGGCACGCAGCCCUCCUCCGUCUCGCGCCUGCGUGAAGCGUCCCCGCGUUCGCCGCAGGCGGCUGGGGCCGCAGCACAGCCCGAUCGCAAGGUGUAUCACCUGCCUCCAGAGGUCCUGGGGCUUGAUCCGAUGGUUCUCUCGUACGAUAGGACACAGAACACCGCGAAGUCCCUCGCUGUUCCCCGCAGUGCACACCGGCCGUCACCGGAUCUUCACGCCGGCCAAGGCCCCGGCCGCGGUGACGCAGAAAGCUCCAGCGCGCCGAUCAUCGACCGCGAGAUCGGCGUACGUCUCAGCGGGCUCACCGUGGAGGGUGUGCGCAAGAAGAGCGUGGCGGCAGAGGCGGGCAUCCAAGUGGGCGACACGCUGCGUACUUUGGACGGGCAGAUCCUCGCCUCGGUGGGCGACAUCCAUCGAGGUCUACUGCGACAACAGCAGCAGAACAAAAACGUCGGCGAGCGCACACUCUUCGUGACCGCCGUGAGCGCCCGUGGCACCCCUGCCACUUACCGCCUUCGCUUUCCCCAACCCGACUCGACCGAGAGCAGCAGCGUACGGCGCGGACGCGCAACCGCCGCCGCAGCAGCAGACGCAAUGGACACCGCAGUGAAAGCACCGGCAGCAGCAUCGGUGACAUCCUGCUCGAACGCCACCCCGACUCCACAGCAGACACAACCCCCUUCGCAGCAGCAGCGCAGAGUGGCGCGGCACGUCAUAGGAGUCUUACCUGCACGACAAACAGAGGCGGCCGCACCGUCCGGGCCUACGCCGAGUGCGCAGACGCGCUUAACGCCUCGCUCGACCUUGGCGGCGCCGCUGCCACCGCCACCGCCACAGCCGGACAUCGUCGCGUCCGCCUUCCCCACAACAAGAAAGCGUGUAUGCCCAGUCAUGGCCACCUCCGCAGCUCGGACGCGUGUGGGCAGCAUCGACCCGGUGAGCCGUCAAACCCGCGCGCAGCGCAGUCAUUCGAGUCGACUCCUUCGUGAAACUGCGGCACCGGAGGUGCACCCCACCGCUGGUGGUGCCGCGGUGCCCUUGUCGGCGCGACGGGUGAGUCGCGACAACGGGUCCGCCGCACGCGUGCGUGCUGAUCUGAAUCAAUAA